AUGUCGACCAGUACCCCAAAAGAUUCACCACCUGCGAUGAGCGGUGCCGAGAGCACAGUCGCACCUGACAUCUCGAACGCGACGAUCCAUAACGACAACAAUUCGAUGCUGAUUCGGCUGCCAGCAGAACUCAGGAACAGAAUCUUCAGCUACUGCAUGCCCGAACCCGCCGUAUCUCGAAAGCCUUGCGAUCGGACCGUGUUGCGACCACCUCCACUCAUGCAAGUGUGUCGACAGAUCCGGCAUGAGACUAUUGCCAUCCAUUACACUACUUGCACCUUCAUUGCGCGCCUCGACGAGGAUAUCGUGCGCUGGGCCAAAGCCAUCGGACCGCAAGCCCCUCCACUUCUUCGCAGCAUUAAGCUGGCCAGUGCUCCAUCCUACUCGCCUCUCGCUAGCCAGAGAAGUCAGCUGCUCGAGCGUAUGGCGAGGAUCUAUGCCCAGUUCGAGGGCGAUGAAGGCUCAGCUUUGCGACCUCGUACGCUUCAGGCAUCGGUCUACUUCCGGACGAGUCGCGACAGUAUCUCUGAGACGAAGAUGGAAACUCUCAAUGAGACCGAGAUCGCGGCGAUUGUGGCGCCUCACCAACCUGGCUGUGACGGGCUCUGGUGCUGCAUUCACAAGUGUCUCUAA